AAUCCGGAACGUAAGGAAAAUUUGUUAUUAAAAACUGCAAUCAACGAUUUUUGAAGUUGGAGUCGUUGCAGGGGUACGUAGAAAAUUUAUUCUUGAAGACCAAGUCUUCUAGCCGAUUGUCUGGUGGUUUAAUAAUCAAAAGCCCAAUCUGUUUGAAGACUUCAUCAACGAGAAUAUAUGUACUUUCUCGGUAUCAUUGCAGCUGCAAUUACUUCAAGAAGGAUUUUGGGGGUAAUUUUUUGAGUUGGACUGUAAUGACUAGAAAAAAAUCCCUCCUCACUGCCGUUGAAAAAUCGGUUGGGAAGAUUUGGUCUCGGAGAAUAUGAUUUCUCGACACCCCUGCAAACUGCAACUUCAAGAGUCGUUGAGUGUAGUUUUUAGUAAAGAAUUUUUGUACGUAGCCUACCUUCCAGAUUCGUCGCAAUACUCAGUCAUGUUGAAUUUUUUAAUGGAGGUUACUUAUAAAAGUUAUUGCUUAUUGCGGUUAUUUUUUCCGAUAAAGAAGUUUAAUUCAUACAAAUGAAAUGAGUAACUUCGUGAUUGACUUACAAUUGAGUAACUUGAGCCAAGUACGUAGUACGUACAGUGCGAAGUAAAUUGGGGCGGAGAGGUGUCGAAUACGUGAAAAAGUCGGAUGAUUGAUUUUUAAAAAUCCGUUUUGAAAACAGUAUCCCAGUCUCAAAAGUAUUUGAGGUCCAUUCGUCGAUCUAUACUAUUGCAGUCAAAAUCCAAGACCACUUCCAUGAUUCUACUGAGCGGUUGAAAAAUUGCAAAUCGCUUUAUUUUGAGAUACCUAAAUUCGUUUUCUGAAAAUUUUUUCUUGGCAAAUUUUCGCAUUAACUAAAUAUAUUAUUUAAAUAUUUAAAAAUAUCAUUCCUAAAACAGGGAAAAUAUUUUCGGACGCAAUACCUAGUGCCAAUUUUUUGAUCAUUUUCGCCAACCAAUUUUGAAAAAUUGAAAAAAUUGCAUCAAGUUUUUAGCUAUUUUUUACCUUAUAGUAUUUUGUAAUGUUACAUCUCUUCGAAUAAUGCAGUUUUUUUGCAUUAGCUAAUGUGGUACAUUACACUGCACUGUUUUUUUUUUAAAUCAGAGAAUAAUGUUAUCCAUUUUUCGUAGGUUUCGAUAUUCUAUUUCAGAAUGUUGGCGAACAAAUUAAAACCACGUCUUCACACACUGGCGUUUUUGCUGGUUUUCAUGACGUUAAUGCUCUACUACAUACACAAUUAUUCUGAAAUAUCCAGAGAAGAUGUGAAACAUGGAUAUGUGGUGUGGAGUGAAUCAUGUCGUAUUCCAAAUGUCGAUCCUUAUCACGAAUCCAUUCGAAAAUUUGUGAAAGCUUGGAAACCUCUAGUAUGCUCGAAACUAAAAGCCCUCACAAAAGUCAUCUAUAAUGACACUAGUCGUACACACACCAUUAAAGUUGAUCAACAAGCACUUCAGGAUUAUUCGGUUACAAUGGGUGAUGUUCAAUGUUGUUAUUCGAUAUUUAGUCGAGAUGAAAUACGUUCUCGUCGCAAUGACAAUGAUGACGAUAGAGUUUCAAUUUCCGAAUCAAUGUGCUACGGGCAAGAAACAGUUUUACCCCCAAAAGCUGAGUACAUUUACGUCAAAUGCACAUCGCGAAACGAAAGUAAAAAACUAAUCUAUGAAAAUAUUCAUUCGAUGGUGAUUGAAAAACAACCCUCGCCACCGAAGCCGGCUGCGGAUCCGAUCAAAUACAGUGUUUUAUUUUUUGGAAUCGAUUCGAUUUCAAGACUGAAUCUAAUAAGGAGCAUGCCAAAAACAGUACAGUAUCUGAAAGAGAAACAAUGGCUGGAACUUGAAGGAUAUAAUAAAAUAGCCGACAAUACGUUUCCUAAUUUAGUGGCUGCGUUAUCAGGAAUGAAUGUCAGCCAGUUCAAAUCCAGUUGUGUGAAAUCGAAAAUGGAUGCGUUUGAUGACUGCCCGUUGAUAUGGAAAAAUUUUAAAAAUGAUUCUUAUAUCACCGCUUACAGCGAAGAUUGUCCAGACAUAACCAUGUUCAAUUAUAAAAAGUACGGAUUCAUGAAUAGUCCGACUGAUUAUUAUACCAGGCCGUAUUUGGUGGGAGCAGAGAAAUAUUUGGAAGUUAGGAACAAUGGAGGAAUGCCGUAUUGUUUGGGUAUGUUCCCCAUGGUCGAGUAUCUUUUCGAAUACGUAACCGAAUUCACAAAACGUUUCUACCAACGACCAUAUUUCAAUGUGUUUUGGACUAAUACAUUCAGUCAUAGCGAGUUGAACAUGCCCACAGUAAUGGAUCAAAGAGUAAAGGAUUUCCUUCAAAGUAUCGAAAACUAUUUAAACUCGACCAUCGUAAUAUUUCUCAGCGACCACGGAAUGAGAUGGGGUGGAAUUCGUGAAACUUUUGUCGGCUGGUUAGAAGAACGAAUGCCAUUUCUGUACUUCUGGAUACCACCUUCUUUUAAAUCUACUUAUCCGCAAAAAUAUGCCAAUUUAGUGGCCAAUAAAAAUCGCUUAUCGACUCCGUAUGAUUUGUACGCUACUUUGCUGGACAUACUUCACGGCGAAGUGCCGAGAAAACCUGCUGGCUGUCCUGGCUGCGAUACAUUAUUCAAAAAAAUUCCGGAGGAUAGGUCGUGCGAAAAUGCAUCGAUCAGCGAACACUGGUGCACUUGUCACGCUGACUUUGAACAAGUAUCGGUGAAAGAGCCGGUCGUCCAAUGGGCCGCGGUUGCUGUCGUAAAUCGUAUAAAUCAGUUUAUUGAUGAGAAUCGGAAUGCCACUUCGAUAGGUAAACGAUGCGCUUUUUUGAGUUUAUAUGAAGUACUUACCGCUCAUAGUAAAUUUUCUGAAUCAUUGAACUCUACUUCUUACCUAAUUGUAUUCGCGGUGAAACCUAGUGGCGCUAUUUUUGAAGUCACUGUGCAAUAUAAGAUUGAUUUUGAAGUUUCCAAUUUGAUCAGCCGUAUUAAUGAAUAUGGUCAGCAGAGUUCUUGCGUUCCAGUUCACUCUAUGCUUGAAAAGUAUUGUUUUUGUGUUUGAAACAGUCACGAAAAAGCGGUACUCGUAAAUACUGUGUACCUAUAAUAACGUUAUUUAUAUUCCUUGCAGGGCGGGUAGAAAUAUCUGGUUCGCUUGUUCACCUACUUUCAAGUUUAAGUAGGUACCUAUUUGAAUGAAAUAUUUAUAUAUUAUAUUA